AUGUCAAAACCAAAUAAAGAUAAGUGGAUAGAUAUUUCUAAAACUUUUUAUUCAAAAACCAAUUUUCCAAACUGUCUUGGAGCUAUAGAUGGUAAGCACAUCAGAUGCAAAAAUCCAGAAAACUCCGGCUCUCUGUUCUACAACUAUAAAAAAUAUUUUUCAAUAGUAUUAAUGGCAGUGGUCGAUGCUAAUUUAAAUUUCAUAUACAUAGACAUAGACGCAUAUGGUCGUGAAGCCGAUUCUAGCGUUUUUCGUCAGAGUAUAUUUGGAAAAAUGUUAUACUCGCAACAACUUCAAAUUCCGGACCCAGACGCAUUGCCUUUAACUGAAAACAAUAUUCAACCAUUUGUUUUUGUUGCUGAUGAAGCGUUUGGUCUUCACGCAAAUCUGUUACGACCAUUUCCAGGUCGUGGACUUAAUAAUACUCGUCGGGUGUUUAACUACAGGUUAUCGAGGGCAAGACGUACAGUCGAAUGUGCUUUCGGAGUUUUGGCCAAUAAAUGGCGAGUUUUGCACACAACGAUUUUAGUGGAACCAAAUUUUUGCGAUGAUAUCAUAAAAGCAUGUUGUGUUCUCCAUAAUUUUGUUCGAAAGAGGGAUGGGUAUAAUUAUGAUGAAGAAACUGAUGUGCAUAAUUUGGAUAAUUUGACAACACGUGGUAGAAAUGUUAACAGAAGUGGAAUAGACGUAAGAGACAAUUUUGCUGAUUAUUUUAUGGCUGAUGGAGCUGUACCUUUCCAAUACAGAAUGCUUUAG